GUUUAAACAAACCGCUCCCUCUUUUUACUAGAGCUUAGAAAAUUAGCAAAUAUGCCUCCUAAGCCCGACCCCAGCGAAAUCAAAUACGUCGUGCUUCGUGCCGUCGGAGGAGAGGUAGCAGCCGCCGCCACACUUGCCCCAAAGAUUGGUCCCCUAGGUCUUUCACCCAAAAAGAUUGGAGAUGAUAUCUGCAAGGCCACUAAGGAUUGGAAGGGUCUUAAGGUGACUGUUGAGCUUGCCAUCCAAAAUCGUCAAGCCACAGUUCGCAUUAUUCCCGCCGCCUCUUCAUUGAUCAUGAGAGCGCUUAAGGAGCCCGUGCGUGACCGCAAAAAGGAAAAGAAUAUCAUCCACGAUGGUGACAUUCCCUUCGAUGAGAUUCUAGAGAUUGCCCGUGCUAUGCGUGAGCGAUCCAUGGCACGUGAGUUAUCUGGAACUGUCAAGGAGAUUCUAGGUACAUGCCAGUCCAUUGGUUGCACAAUUGACGGUGAGGAUCCUCAUGACGUUAUCGACGAGAUUAAGUCUGGUGAGCGCGAGGUACCUGCUAAAUAAAUGAACAGGUCUCUAUAUCGCCAA